AUGGCCAUACACGAGACGAUCGACAACCUGAACAUCUGGUGGUUCCCGCGAGACUUUUGCCAGUCGAGAUUUGGGGAGUUUCAGCAGAGCGGCACCAACUCGUGCACCCUUAUCUCGCUGAUCCUGGCCGACAAGGUGUCCAAGGCGGAAAGGUUCUACCACCGGGUGUCCAAUUUACCGGCGCGCGGCUGGGAGAUGUUCGGUAAUGCCAUGAACGAUGGGAACAGGGUCUACCACAAUGUGAUCUUGGCCAACACUUCUCAUGUGCGCAAUCUUAAUCUGAACAUUCCGGAUGCCAUUGCGGCCAUCCGGACGCAGCAGAGGAUGAACUUCCGCCUGGAGGAGUGGUUCUACACGCACAUGGACGCUGACAUAUCCAGUCCCUUGUACAACCGGAAUGUGGCCAUGCAGCUGUCCCGCAUCUUCCAGAUCACGCUACGGGUCUACCAGCAAGCCAUUGGCCAAAGCGCGCAGCCACAUCUGUUCGCCGCCAUAAUUGCGGACAGUCGAACGGUGAUGGUCACCCUCGAUGUUCGUGCCUCAAUUGUGGCACUGUUCGACUCUCAUCAACAUGGCCGAGAUGCGGGGGCCGUUUUCGCCCAGUGCACCCUCCAGAACAUGGACGAUUUGCUCUUCUGGUUCAUUAGCAUGCUGCACAACGUCUACUCGAGUCGUCCCGUCAUCUUCGAGAUCUCCUUCCUCAGCGCCCAGCCGGGAGUGGCGAAGCAUAUUCCGCCGGCAAUCAAAAAGUUUGCGGGGAACAUCAAAAAGCCAAGCAAAAAAUAUGCGUAG